AUGUCUUUAUAUUCGAAUUCAACUCAAUCUGGUUCGGCUGCUAUUCCUAUUGUUGCUCCGACUUCAGAAAAAGAAAUCCCUAAGAACGUUCCUUCCAAAUAUUCAACUCAGGAUUCCAAAGCACGGACUUGUCGAAAUUUGAUUAUACAUGGUUAUUGUAAAUACGAAGGGAAAGGAUGCAAGUUCAAUCAUGAUCUUAAUAAAUCGACAUCUCCUCCAAACAGUCCUGAAACGGCUAAAACCAAGCUGAGCGUUAAUUCUCCUGUAUUCAAACCGUCUACUAUCCUUUCGACAAUUUCUCCAGAGGUUGUAAAUGCCCCGCCAUUUAUUCCCAAAAACCACCAAUUGAGUGCUGUUGAUGAAACACCAAUCACUCCCCCGAGUGCACCAGGUUCACCACAGAAACGGCUUUUUUAUGAUUCUGGCGAACAUGAAUAUGAUGCAGAGUACAGCACUAUUUCGAUAUUUGACCCUACUAUUGGUUUCUACCCAUCACAAUCAUUAACAUCACCUAAACCGUUUUUAUUGUCCUCUGGUGGUGUCAAAGGCCACGGCUUGAAUGCUCUUGCUAAUUCCUUUGCAUCAUUGACAACGCAAUUCUCUGCUCUUGACACAUUGCCGGAUGCGACAACCCAACCUACGAACAAUACGAGUUAUUUCACAAAUUCACACUAUGUGAAUCCAUUUUUAUAUCAAUCACAGCAAACAUUAAUUCCUCAACCGCUUCAGUAUCACCUUUAUACAUCACCACUUCCGCACGUUUCAAAUUUGCAUCCACAUCAAAAGACUAUUCACGCAUUCUUUAUGUCUGACCAUCUCCGUGAAGAAUUGCAGCAAAAAAACGAAGCGACUUUAAGCUCCGUAAAUGCUAAAGAUUUUAAUUUACCUGAAGAGCUUCAUGUUUAUCAUUCACUGUACCCACUUGAUUUGCGACAAAGCAAAUCGGUAAAAAUUUUUGGAUACCCAAGCUUUACUUACAAGUCAAUUUGUAAUGUUGAUGGUCGUGUUUACUGUUUGAGGAGGAUCGAAGGCUUUCGUUUGACGAAUGAAAUAGCUAUGUCGACAAUAGAAAGUUGGCGACGAAUCAGACAUGCAAAUAUCGUUUCGAUACGUGAAGCAUUUACCACAAAAGCUUUUGGUGAUCAUUCCCUUGUUUUUGUCUAUGACUAUCAUCCAUUGUCACAGACAUUAUUAGACAAACAUUUCUCCUCUCCAAUACAGACUGCUGUUCAAAUUCAGGGAGUUAGUACCAAUAUUCCAGAGACGGUUUUAUGGAGUUACAUUGUUCAAUUAGCAUCUGCUAUUAAAACUAUACAUGCAUCAAACUUGGCAGCAAGAAUGAUCGAGCCAACGAAAAUUUUGCUUACUGGCAAAAAUCGAAUACGCGUGAAUUGUUGCGGUAUAAUGGAUAUGCUUGCUUUUGAUGGUGGGAAAAAUAUACACUAUUACCAGAAUGUCAUAUUAUAUUUAAUAAGCAAACCGACUCCUGACAAAACUAUAGACGAUGUUGUGACGAUGAUUGCACCAAAAAUAUUACAUGAGGUUAACAGCGCUCAUCACUAUAAUGAUUUUUUAGAAAGCGAAUUCAGUAAAGAAUUAGAAAACGGAAGGUUGGUUCGCUUAUUAUGUAAAUUUGGAUUUAUUAAUGAACGUCCCGAAUUUGAUAUGGACCCAAGUUGGUCGGAAACGGGCGAUAGAUAUUUAAUCAAACUUUUCAGAGAUUAUGUAUUUCACCAAGUCGAUGAGCAUGGUUAUCCGGUUGUUGAUAUGUCUCAUGUAUUAACAUGUUUAAAUAAGUUGGAUGCAGGUGUUGAUGAAAGAAUAAUGUUAAUGUCGAGAGAUGAGCAAUCAUGUCUUAUUGUGUCUUAUAAAGAGAUAAAAAAUUGUAUUGAUUCUGCUUUUAGAGAUCUUUCAAGAAGAAAAUGA